AUCACUGUGGGCCCUGGCAUUCAGGUUUGGUUGCAAAGAAAGCCUUUACUCGUUGUGAGAAAUGACUUUCUGCUGAGCUGAGGACACAUCAGGACGGAUACUACCACACCUCAAAAACAGCUUCCACGACUAUUGGAUAACGUUACUGUUUGGGAAAUAUUUGGAAGCGGUCAACAUGAAGUUAUUUUUUACCUUUUAACGGAAUGGAUUUUGAAAAGACCUAACCUGGAUGGUUUGCUGUACAAGUGUUGCUAUAAGCUUACUGGUGGAGUUUCACAACGUUUGAGGAGGGCACGUCAAGUCUUUUAAGAGGGGAACUAACUUGAAGCCAACAUGGAUCAAGCCAGCGGUGGGGAGGACCCGAAUAAAUCCUCUAAAAAGAAGUCCAACGAGGAUGAGGGCAAAAACAAAAAACUGAACAUACACAUAAAAACAUUGGCCGAUGAUAUGCGUGAUCGUAUUACCAGUUUCAGAAAAACAGGAAUGAAGAAGGAGAAGCCCCUUAUACAGCACCCUACAGAUCCCCUUUCUAUCCAGGCUGAACUGCCGAAUCCUCAGCCAUUAUUUGAUGACCGCUCCAUGAACCUCUCAGAAAAGGAGAUUAUUGACCUCUUUGAGAAGAUGAUGGAGGACAUGAACCUGAAUGAAGAACGCAAAGCCCCCCUGCGUGGGAAGGACCUAAGCACUAAACGUGAGAUGGUGGUCCAGUACAUCUCCGCCACUGCUAAAUCUAUAACUGGGAGCAAAGUUGCGGGUGGACUAAGGAACAGCAAGCAUGAAUGUACACUUUCAUCCCAAGAAUACGUCCAUGAGCUGCGUUCUGGCAUUACAGAGGAAAAGCUACUUAAUUGCCUGGAAUCCCUCAGAGUGUCUCUCACAAGUAACCCCGUCAGUUGGGUUAAUAACUUCGGUCAUGAGGGUCUUGGCCUUCUCCUGGAUGCUUUGGAGAAGCUGCUGGACAAGAAACAGCAAGAGAAUAUUGAUAAACGCAACCAGCAUAAACUCAUCCAGUGCUUGAAGGCUUUCAUGAACAAUAAGUAUGGAUUACAAAGGAUCUUGGGGGAUGAGCGGAGCCUUUUGCUGCUGGCUCGAGCCAUUGACCCUAAACAGACCAACAUGAUGACAGAGAUUGUCAAAAUUCUCUCUGCUUUCUGUAUUAUUGGAGAAGAAAACAUCCUGGAUAAGAUUCUAGCUGCAAUGACAAUCGCUGCAGAGAGGAACAAUAAAGAGAGAUUCGCUCCAAUAGUGGAAGGACUGGAGAACCAUGAGGCCCAGCAGCUCCAGGUUGCUUGCAUGCAGCUGAUUAAUGCCCUGGUUACCUCUCCGGAUGACCUGGACUUCAGGAUACAUCUACGCAAUGAGUUUCUAAGAUGUGGCCUCAAGAAGAUCCUACCUGAGCUAAAAGAGACAGAGGAGCUAGACAUCCAGCUGAAGGUGUUCAAUGAGAACAAGGAGGAGGACUCUAUCGAACUCUCCCAUCGCCUGGAUGAUAUCCGUGCAGAGAUGGAUGAUAUGAAUGAGGUCUACCAUCUCCUGUCCAAUAUGGUGAAAGACACUGGGUCAGAGACCUACUUCCUGUCAAUCCUUCAGCACCUAUUGCUCAUCAGGAAUGAUUAUUACGUCAGGCCUCAGUACUACAAGGUGAUAGAAGAAUGCGUGUCUCAGGUGGUCCUGCAUCGCAAUGGGAUGGACCCUGACUUUGGCUACAGUAAACGAUUGGAUGUGGACUUCACCCAUCUGAUUGAUCAGUGCGUAGAUAAAGCCAAAGUUGAGGAGAGUGAGCAGAAGGCUGCAGAGUACUCCAAAAAGUUUGAUGAGGAGUUCAGUGCACGGCAGGAGGCCCAGGCCGAGUCUCAAAAAAAGGAAGAGAGAAUCAAAGAGUUGGAGGGAAAGAUCCAGGCCCUGGAGUCGCAGAUUGCAGCCGGUCCACCUGCGUCCGGAGCACCACCACCUCCUCCUUUACCUGGGGGUGCCACAGCUCCACCUCCUCCUCCACCCCCUCCACCCCCUCCUCCACCGGGUGGCUGCCCUCCACCUCCUCCACCUCCUCCUCUCCCUGGCCACGCCUGCAUUCCACCACCACCACCACCACCUCCUCCAGGUGGAGGACCUCCACCUCCCCCACCACCACCUGGGUGUGGACCCCCACCUCCUCCGCCUUUCUUUGGAGGCCCAGGUGGGCCUCCGCCACCUCCAUCAUUGCCUGUCGUCAAACUGCCUUAUGGACUGCAGCCCAAGAGGACCUACAAGCCUGAAACUGUGAUGAAGAGGAUCAAUUGGACCAAGAUAGUGCCUCAGGAAAUGGCAGAGAAUUGCGUCUGGAUCAAAGUCAAAGAAGAGAAGUUUGAGAGUCCUGACCUAUUUGCUCAGCUCUCCCUCUGCUUCUCCUCGCAGAGCAAAGUGAAAAAAGGAAUGCACGAUGAGACUGAUGACAAAAUGCCACAAUUCAAGAAAAAGGCAAAAGAGCUUCGCAUCUUGGAUGCUAAAACAGCACAGAAUCUUUCAAUUUUCUUGGGCUCGUUCCGCCUGCCUUAUGAAGAGAUCCGGGACAUUGUGCUGCAGGUAGACGAGGAAAGACUGAGCGAAUCACUCAUCCAGAACCUGAUAAAGAACCUGCCGGAGCAGAAAGAGCUGAAUGCGCUAGCGGAACUAAAGGGUGAAUAUGAAGAGCUAGUGGAGUCGGAGCAGUUUGGCAUUGUGAUGAGUUCAGUAAAGCUCCUUCGAUCACGUCUCAACGGCAUUCUGUUCAAGCUGACUUUUGAGGAGCAAGUGAAUAACAUCCGGCCAGACAUCAUGAAUGUGACCUUUGCCUGUGAGGAGGUGAAGAAGAGCGACAGUUUUAGGGAGCUGCUGCAGUUUGUGUUGCUGGUUGGCAAUUACAUGAAUGCUGGCUCAAGGAACGCCCAGUCGUUUGGUUUCAACCUCAGCUUCCUCUGCAAGCUUCGAGACACCAAAUCCAUCAGUCAGGAUACAACACUUCUUCAUUUCCUGGCUGAGAAGUGUGAAGAGGUUUAUCCAGAUAUUCUGAGGUUUCCAGAUGAGCUAGAGCAUGUGGACAGUGCCAGUAAAGUGUGUGCUGAGAUCUUAAAAGGCAGUUUGACGACCAUGGAACGUCACAUUCAGAGGCUUGAGGGCGACAUCGAGAACUUCCCCAAAACAGAUGACCAGCAAGAUAAGUUUGUGGAAAAGAUGUCGGGCUUCUGUAAGCAUGCAUGUGAGCAGUAUGACAAACUAUCUACCAUGCACAAGAACAUGCAGAAGCUCUACGAGAGUAUAGGCAGCUAUUUUGCCUUUGACCCCCACUCGGUCAGUGUGGAGGAUUUCUUCGGACAACUGGCCAACUUCCGCAUCCUCUUCUUGGAAGCAGUGAAGGAGAACCAUAAGAAGAGGGAGAUGGAGGAGAAGAUCAAGAGAGCCAAGCUGGCGAAGGAGAAAGCCGAGCGCGAGAAGCAGGAGCGCCAGCAGAAGAAGAAGCAGCUGAUUGACAUGAACAAAGAGGGUGAUGAAACUGGUGUGAUGGACAGCUUAAUGGAAGCUCUACAGUCCGGAGCAGCCUUCCGUGAUCGGCGAAAACGAACACCUCGAAAUGGUGAUCAAAGCCCUUCCAGUCCAGCCUCUCGGUGGCCAGGUGCUAACUAUGGUAACAGAACACUAGACAACCGCCGUGCAGUCCUGGAAAGGUCUCGUUCACGCCACAACGCAAAUCACCAAGCUCGAUGAUUGCCCGCGCCUACCAUAAGACGCUAGAUAAGUGCCAAAGAGGCCUGCGAGGAGGAGACCUGGAAGACAUUUGAAGGAGGGACAGACCAGACGUCACUGUGGCGCACACACACACACACACACACGCUAAAGCACUCUCACGCAUACACAAAAAGCACCAAGUAUGGGACAAAAAGGCCUAAAGGAGCCACACAGAACUAAAGAAUCUACAUUACAUCACUCACAGACAUUUAAUUCUCAUGCUGUUCAUCUUACGCCUUACAUACAGUAUUUAUACAUUACUUUCUCAUCACUCAAAAUGUCUGCGUCCUCUAUAGAUGGUUUGAUUCAUAGGAAAAGGAACAUUUUUAAAUUUUUUAAGGCUGCUGCUGUUGGAAAUGGACGAUUUUCAUUGCUUAAAAAAAUCUAUUUUGAUUUUUGCAAGCCCUCUAAUCUUAUCCCUUUUUUUAAAAUUAAAAUAAAGCACCAUAGUUCAUACUGUUUUGACAUUAAACAUGCAGUGUGUUAAAAAUAGAGAUUCUGCCCAGAAGGACAGCACCACAAUGUAUGCUUAUCAUUCAGAAGAACAUGCCGCUGCACAGAGUACAUGCAACAAAGGGCCAGUGGGCCAGCUGUUCUUCAAAGGAAAAACCUGGAUUCAACACCCAUGUUGGCAAGUCUACAACCUGCUUAUUCUUUUUUUUUUAUUGCUGAACUCUGAACAGCGAAGGGAGUGGUUCGUUUUUUAUCUGUCAACCCUCCUUCAACCAACAUGCAGACAAUUACUAAUCGUAAAUGUACCAAGAGUCCACAUGAAUCAUUUCAUUACAUAUCCCACAAAGCCAAAAGAGCUGGCCCCUGUCUACACCAAUAUGUCACAGCAUGUGACUCGUGGAUCUUGAGCGUGUAAUCUCCAUUUUGACAAGAUGCAUUUUAUUUUUAGUUUUGUAAUAUCUAACUGAUGCCUGUGGGUGCUGAUCUCCGUCCCAAGGUCACUUUUGCUGUUAACGUGAGAGACUGACACAUUUCUAAAUGCAUACAACUGCCUGGAGGAAGUAACAUGACCGCAUGACCUGUUCUGAGGUCAUACAAUAUUUCAGAGUGGGAUGUUUGAUUAUGAAAAGGGUUAGGGUUUUAUUAUUAUUAUUUUUUAUUUUUUUAUUUUUUUUAAUCUAAAUUUAUUUCAGUAUUUCAGUCGUAGGCUCUAAAAAAACAAUUCAGAAAUUAUAUCUGUUAGGUUACAAAUUGUUGAAUGUUCCACUCCACUCAGACUUCCUACAGCUGGUUUUCAGUGUUUUUUGUUUCCUCUGGGUUUUCAAAUAAUUAUAAGAAAAAGCUCUGUUGGAAAAAAAAAAACCUAAAUGCACACAUUUAGUUAAAAAAUCAUUAUCUCCUCAAAGAAACAUAUUUACAUUUAAAAAACUAUGUGUCAUUAAUAGAAACGGAGUUAAUAUCUAUAUAACUUAAAAUUCACAGGUGACAUAUUAACAGGCAUCAUUUAUAUCACAGAACAAAAUAUAAAGUGUAGGCUUAAUAUGAACCACAGGCUGUAUUAUGUGCAUUAAUCGAAAACCCUGUGGGUAAAAAAAAAAAAUUCAAAUCUAAUGAGGAACUCCAUGGCUUUAAAACUGAAGUGUUUUAAAAUUACCGACUGUAACACCCUAUUAAAGCCCAUGUUUUCUGUUGGGAUAUAUGAUGUCAAAAGCAAAAUACUUCACAGCUGUUUUUAAUAAAUUAUCCCUCCUAAUGAAGCUCUCAACAUCGAACAGCACACCUCACGCUUGGUGCUCAUGUUCAAACUAGUAGAAAAUUGACUGUAAGCUUUGUGUCUCUGAGAGGAGCCACUGUAGAAAACAGUUUCUAUGUGUACUACUUAUUCAUAUAUUCAUGCCUAGGGCAGUCCUGUCCUCUUACUGCCCUAAACUGUAAGCAGAUGCUACUAAAAACAACAACUGACUCCGCAUGGAGAGUGGGCAUGACCAGAAUAAUCGACUGAGGGGCAGAAAAGACAAGAUGAUGCUCGUCUUAGCAAGCAAGUCUCCCAACGCCCUCCAUUUCCCCAGCACUAAUGGCAUAAGUGACCCUUUUACCAUAAACCAAGUUACUUUGGUAAUACCAUAACUGUGCUGUAGGCUCUGUGUUUAUGUUUGUUGGAGUGUGUGUGAGCGUAAUGCCAACUCAGUAAUCGGAACAGGAACCCGUGCAAAACGGGAUUCAGUGUGCUUGAUUCCUGUACUGAAUAGAUGGAGAUUUUUCAUUUAAACAAUCUGCCAGUGCUGCUUGUGAUGUGACUGUUUCAUGAUGCCUCCUUUCCCAGCCCGCAUGCUUCUAAAAAUGCAAUUUUACACAUCAUCUCGGCUCAAGGUGCAUCCACAAUGCUCAGAGAAGUUUGCAUAUUUAAGGAGACAAUGACUCCCCUGAAUAUAAGGUUCAAGCAGUCACACAGAGAAAGCAUAGAAAAUGAGGUUUCCGGAUAAGGGAUUCUGCAUAGAUAGGACUUUUUAAGGAUGUGUUGUACAGCGCAGAGAGAGAGAUGUGGUGUAAAAAGGCAGUGAUUUCCUUUUUCUAAUCGCAACUCGCCCUCUGUCAUUAUACCUGUAUAGUUAAAGGAAUUGAAUCACUUUUUUUUUCUUUGACAUCAAUCCUCUGUUACACAACACCAAUGUGACAUUGGCGUUAUUUUGACCUUGUGAUUGGACACACAGUGGUAUGUGGUGACAAUUACAGUAUCUAUUUUUUUUCUGAAUAAUUUGACUGAAAAUGUUUUAUUUAAUCAACUUAUAGUUCUUUUUCAACAUGUGCCAACUUUUUUAAAAAUAUAGUUCUCACCAUUGUUUUUCCAUUUGUUUUAUUUUAAAUAUCAAAGGGAGUAAAGGUCUCAUUGUGCAGACAAAAAAAAACUUUUGAGGUUUUUUUAAUGUUUAAUUUGGUUUGUUUAAUUAACAUUGUUGGUCCUAUAAAGAACAUCUUAGGAGAUUUUGAUGUGAUUACAAAUGAUAGUCAUGUGGUAUUUAUCUAAAAUGCUCAAACAUCUUUUGUAAGAUGUAAUUUAUUAUUUGGGUUUUAAAAACACUUUUUGUAAUGAUUCCAUUGUAGAAUGAUAUGAUAUAUCAUGUGUUCGCCAUUGUAGAAGUUCCAAAUGUUUCCCGCUACAGUAAUCACUAUGAGCGCCUAUUGUUUCUUUUGAAUGAUGCAACAUAAAACAGACGGGGUCAGCUCUGUUCCCACAGCACUAUGUUCCCACAGCUCGAUGUUCCCACAUUUCUAACUUUUUUUUCAAAAUUAAGCCCUAUGUUCCCACAUCUUUUAAUACAAUGCACAUAGGGCUGUGGGAACAUAGGUGCUGUGGGAACAUAGAGCUGGCGGAACAUAGGGCCUACAUUUGAAUAAUUUCUUAGAAACGUGGGAACAUAGAGCUGUGGGAACAUAGGGCUGUGGGAACAUAGACACGUGAGAACAUAGACACACUCCCAAACUGACUGACGCAUCACACACUUUUAAGCAGGUUAAAUAUUUUUUCUUUUUCAUGAAAAAAAAAAAAAAAGCUACAGUGCAGCUAAAAGAAAAACUUCUACAAUGACAACAUUUCUCAUCAUCCCUGUACGUGAUUGUUGUAGUUUUGUCCCAACCUAUCUUUUAGGAUAAGCAGAAGUAUGUGUUUUUAUAGAAAAUAGCAAGAGAGGCUCAUCGUUUCCGUGUGAAAACAGGCCCUUUAUGUGUUUGGGCCAAUCAUCCCCAUCAUGUUUUAGCUUGUAACUAACAAACCUGAAUGAUACGACUUGUGCUCAAUGUAAUUGUGAAAGAGGAGGCAGGGGUAUGAAAGACCCUAUCAAAAAGUGCAAAGGUGCCACGUUUGUGAUAUUUGGUGGCAAGCGCGUUAAAUAAAAGAAGAGUUUGCAAUGUAACUUACACUCACUGACUGUGCACUUUACCUCACAAGAUAUUCUGCUCAGACAGAAUUGUUUGAAAUGUUUGAAUAUGACAUUGCCACUAACAGAGUGAACUAUUUGCAAAAUACUUCUUUUGGUAAAUAGUUCCCAGCUGCCACAUAUCUAAGUCUUUCCUACUUUGCUAGUGCUUACUAUUGAUUUUUGGUAAACCAAUUGCGGCUGAGUAAACAAACAACACUCAUAACUAUUGACGAACCCAAUCCCACCAUGGUGUGUACGCUGCCAUAUCCCUGCCUACCUUCUUUGUUGUCAUUGAGUAUGUUUUAUUGUCUUAAAAACAUUUAUAUUUGUAACAUUUUAAGUUUAUUUGUAUCCUUAAGAACAUGAAAAAAAAAAACAGAAUGGUUAUGCACACUGUCCUUCCAUAGAUAUGUAAUGGAAUAUGAUACUAAACAAUAACCACUUUGUUAUAUAAACUGAUUUCU